GUUGAUAAUCGAUGGUACGGAAAUUCUCUAUCUAAAACUCCAUCUUCGUAUACAAAAAAGGAAUCGAAUCGAUCGAUCUCAUCGAAGCAAAACCAAUCCCAGAAUCAUAGUAUUAUUGCAGAAAACUUUGAUAAAACAAAGGGGGUUUUGUAAAAUUUCUGCGAGGAUAAAUGGCCGUAGCUUCUUCUGAUCAGACCACAAGCAUCUGCAGUCACUGUGACAGAGCUAUUCCUUCUUCAAAUAUUGAUUUGCAUUAUGCUCACUGCUCUCGGAAUCUAGAAAGAUGUAAAGUCUGUGGUGAUAUGGUUCCUAAAAAAUAUGCAGACGAACAUUUCUUAAGCACUCAUGCUCCGGUAUCAUGUUCCCUCUGCAGUGAAACAAUGGAACGUGAGGUUUUAGCUGUUCAUAAAGGUGAAAAUUGCCCCCAAAGAAUUGUAACAUGCGAGUACUGCGAGUUCCCAUUGCCUGCAAUUGAUCUUUUUGAGCAUCAGGAAGUAUGUGGGAACCGGACAGAAUAUUGUCAUCUGUGUUGCAGAUAUAUUAGGCUGCGUGAACGAAAUGGCCAUGAAAGCAGAUGCAACGGUGUCCAAGCUAAUACUUCCGAAUCUUCCAGGGAUGCGGGCCAUGCGGCAGCUGAAAGAGAGGAUGGUGCUCAAAGAAGGCAGCCAAAUGUUUUUUCACGGAGACGCCUUCUAUUCAGCAUUGCAAUAACAGGCAUUGCUGUCCUAUUAGGUUCACUUCUUUUCCAGAGGAAAACCGAAAACAAUCAAGUGCAUUAGGCUUUGAUGGUGCCCUACCAUCCGCGUAUCCAUUUUCCUCAUCUGUUACAAUGUAAGAAAGCAUAUGUUUAUGACUAUUGCACUAUCCGGGAUUGUGUUAAUGUUUUUGGACAAGUAAUGCAAUGUCCAUUGCCUGUAUGAGAUGAGUUUCGCCAUCAAACUUAAGUGAAUACAAAUUUCUGUAAAAUGAAUACAUGAAACUGACGUGACAUUUCAAAUUUCUAUAAAUCUAGAAUAAUGCAAUUCUUGUUCAGGAUUGUGCUGCCCUUGAUCCAGA